AAGGAAAAAGAAAAAAGAAAAAAAUACUCUUCUCUUUUCCUUUCUCAACGUAACCAAAAACAAGAAUUCCGAAAUAUGAACCGUGUGGCGGUCGGCGGUGUCGGGAACAUUACGCCGAGGCAGUUUCUAGCUCAUAUGGGGAAAAAGGAGAUGAAGGGUAUGAUUCUGAAGCCUUGUGAUGUGUUCAUAAACCGUAGAGGGGUCGACACAAAGAAGACGGUGGCGGCAUUGUUGUACGACCGGCUGGUUCGGGUGAGGCUGCGGCCGUUUUUGGAUUACAAGAAUUUGAGGCCUGGAGAGAAACUGUUUGAUGAAAUUCAUGGGGCUAUUAGGCAAUGUAAAGUUGGUGUAGCUGUGUUUUCUCCUCGCUAUUGUGAGUCUUAUUUUUGCCUUCAUGAGUUGGCUAUGAUCAUUGAGUCCAACAAGAAGGUUAUUCCUAUAUUUUGUGAUAUAAAAGCAUCGCAACUUCGCAUCGAGGAUCAUCAUGGUUAUGAAACUGACGAGCUGAGGAGGUUCAAUUGGGCUCUGCAACAAGCUAAAAGCUUCGAUGGACUCAAAUUUGAUUCGUCAACAGAGACCUUAUCGGAAGUUGUCACGAAAGCUUCAAAUAUUAUCAUGAGGAGUUUGAUUGAGAUGGACCGCAAAAGGAUGAGGAAGUAGGGGAAUUUCUAAUAGUUAAUUAUUCUUUUAUACAUGGUCAAAUAUUAAUUAUUUCCUCUCCCACCUAAAAAUGUACUGUAAUGUAUUAAUUCUGUAAUUCGUUAAUAUUAAUAAUGUUAUAAAGAAAAUAUUCAUUCAUACUUCAAA